ACUGAUUAAGUGUAACCUCUUGAUAGAGUCAUCGAGUAUUGUCUUCGGUACCUGAACAUUCUUCCACUGGGUGAUUCCAAUGGGGGGAUGCACCUAUAUGUCCUCUUUUUUGCUGGCUUCCAAACACAGGGUUCAAGUCUCAUUGUGUCACAGCCCUUUUUCGAUCAUUUCCCGAAGUCAUCUUUUUGCCGCACCAGGUUUACGUGUGUGGUCACUUCACUACCUGGAUAGCACAGCCAAGUGUCUAAAACGGCUGGCGCUUACCAAUCACAGGAUGAAGCUAUGUGUUCCUCGUCGUCAACAACGCCAAAACGCAAAGGCGAGAAUGGCCAAACAAAGGCACCCAGGGAGAGGCACAAAUUUCCUGAGAAAGUCGUAACAAUGCUGCCUUGUCCCAAUCGAACAAAGAGUCCUGCUUCACUUCCUCAGCAUGUCUCGCUCAAACAAAGAAAAAAGUCUCACUUAUCAUACGAGACAAUGCUAAAUGCCCUGACCGUGACUUGCCUAUCGGUAUUUAUAAGGUAUUCGAGGGCUUGGUUCCUGGUAUCCUCCACCCAAACAACUGCGACGAUAGAAUCCAAUGAUACCAGUCGCCAAUCGAGAGGGACCAACCCCAAAACAACAGCAGAUCUCGACUCACAACUAACAAUGGCGACUACAUCAGCACCUGUCCUGAUGGACCCCGAGCGUGUCUUUCCUAAGCUCCCCAGAUUCACUGCAAUCAGUGUGGAUUAUUACAUCUUCCCAAAUCCUCGAGACGAUGAAGAGUGGUUUGCAAAACAUCAGCAGAAAAAUGCUAACAAGGACCCAGGCCAAAACAUUUGUGAGUACUUCCUAAGCGUCAGGGAUCCUGCGACUGCUCUCUUCCGGCUUGCUGACCGGCGACAGCCCGAGUUGAAUCAGGAAGCCAUCGAAGCUCCUGGAGCCAGGACAACAACUGUCUUUACAGACCGAGGGCUUGGGGCAAUGUUUGUUCACCGUGGCACCUUUCUCAACCUUCUACAUGCUCCGUGCCUCCAGGACCCUCCUAUAUGUCUUCGGACAUUACUGGGAGAUAUCUGGCGCUACGAUAGCUUGAUUGACUCCAUUGAAAGAGAUCCCCAACGUUUUGCAAUACUGGAAGCAGAGCGUCUCAAGCUCAAGGACGCAAGCCGUACGAAGGACGUACUCCCAUUCCAGCUUCGAGACGAGUUCCACUGGCUGCAAGCAUUUCAUCGUUCCGCAAGGGAAAGCAUUCAGCUACUGAUUGCGACAUACCGAUUUGGAGUGGACAACCUUUCCAACGCCGACAAGACCACCGAGUUGAUGAGAAGCGCAUAUUGCACGAUUCCGGCAAUGACAAGACUAUUAGUCUUACUCCUGAGCAGUGAAAAUAAGUUUGAAGGUAGGUACGCAGCUGGACACGUUUGUGACACAUUGAUGCCCAAACGUUUGAGGUGUGUCAACUGGCGAAAUUCGUCUGCUAACGGAAUGCAUUGGGCCUACAGAGAAACCAUUGAACGAACCCGACGUCUUGAGGAAGGACUUGCAAAGUAUUCCAUGGCCAUGAGACAAUUGUAUGCUUACCGCUACAUUGCCGAGUGGUGUCCUGGAAGACCUUGGAAGAAGCUAUACACUGUCGUGGACAAGAAGAACGGUUCAGAUGCAAUCAAAGAAUUCAUGGAGUUCACUUCGACCACAACUCUUGCCCGAUAUAUGUUCGGCGUCCAUCCCCUAUUCGAGGGUGAUCUCGACCCCGAGGACAUUUGCGCCAUCUGUCAGGAAACUUACGGGGUUGGUGAACUGUUGAUGGAGUUGCGAAACUGUCCGCAUCGGUUCCACGCGCAUUGCAUCAUUUCACAUUUCGAUCAACAUCAUCGGUACGACAACCUUUGCCCCGUGUGCAGAACAAGCGCUGGGCGUAUCCAGGAUUUUUGGCCAUACCUCCAGACCUCGGACGUUGACGUGUGCUAUGGCAGAGAUUCGGGUGCAAGUGUUGAAGCUGGCCUUCGAGAUCACCAGAUAAGACAUUAUCAACGCCGUGGCUUUGACGUUGCCGAUUGGCCGGCCAAAAUUCAGGAAUACUUCUGGGAGCGAGAGAGACUUGCUUGGCUGCGUGGAGCGACGGUGGAGCAACGAAUGGCGUUGUUUCCUCACGUGGUCGACGACGAUCAGGCUUCUGCGUCCGAUGACUGUGAGUGGGACGAACAGUCAGAAGCAGGAGACGAGGACGCAGAAGGUGAGGACGAUGACGACGAAAUGGAGGACGAUGAAGGUGAGUACGAUGAGAUGGAGGAAGCAGAACUCAUAAGCCUUUGGCAGCUAUGAUCAUGAUACCGACGAUCCGGACAAUUCUGCUGCUGCACGAUUUGCACGGCGGGCGUUCGCGUUGAAAUUUGCUCUCCCAUAGGACCAAAGCCGAGGGUAGAAUGGUCAAGAUCGGCUGCGGCAACCAUUUACUGUAGGUCUCUUGCUGUGGGAAUUUUUUUCUCGUGAGUAUCACAGCAGGCAUGAACAAUCAGGUAAGUUGGGUUCUGACAGACUUGGAAUGUGAGCGAA